GCUCUUAAAGGGCGCAGGGACCGCGGUGCCCGUGCUGAGGUUAGAAGGCAGGCGGCGAGAUGAGCUCGGCGCCAGCGUUCCUGAGUGCGGCUGAGGUUCAGAGCCACCUCCGCAACUCCAGCCUACUCAUCCCGCCUCUGGAGGCGGCUCUGGCCAACUUCUCCAGCGGCCCCGAAGGAGGGGUCGUGCAGCCGGUGCGCACCGUGGUGCCGGUGGCCAAGCACAGGGGCUUCCUGGGGGUCAUGCCUGCCUACAGUGCUGCAGAGGACGCCCUGACCACCAAGCUGGUCACCUUCUACGAGGGCCGCAGCCCUACCUCCACCGUACCCUCCCACCAGGCCACGGUGCUGCUCUUUGAACCCAGCAAUGGCUCACUUCUGGCGGUCAUGGAUGGAAAUGUCAUAACUGCAAAGAGAACAGCCGCAGUGUCUGCCAUCGCUACCAAGUAUCUGAAACCGCCGGGCAGUGAAGUCCUGUGCAUCCUGGGGGCCGGGGUCCAGGCCUACAGCCACUAUGAGGUCUUCACAGAGCAGUUCCCCUACAAGCAGGUGAGGAUAUGGAAUCGUACCAAAGAAAACGCCGAGAAGUUUGCGGCCACCGUGCAAGGAGAGGUUCAGGUCUGCUCAUCAGCCCAGGAGGCCGUGACAGGUGCUGAUGUGAUCAUCACAGUCACCAUGGCAACAGAGCCCAUUUUGUUUGGCGAUUGGGUGAAGCCAGGGGCUCACAUCAAUGCCGUGGGCGCCAGCAGACCCGACUGGAGAGAGCUGGAUGACAAGCUCAUGGAACAGGCGCUGCUGUAUGUCGACUCCCGGGAGGCUGCCCUCAAAGAGUCCGGAGAUGUCCUCCUCUCAGGGGCCGAGAUCUUCGCUGAGCUGGGAGAAGUGGUGAAGGGAGUGAAACCAGCCUACUGUGACAGGACCACAGUGUUCAAGUCUUUGGGGAUGGCGGUGGAAGACACCGUUGCAGCCAAGUUGGUGUACGACUCCUGGUCGUCCGGGCGGUGAAGCAGGUGCGGCGGCGGAAGCAGACGCUGCCGCUCAAGCGCCAUCGCCUCCCACUGUCUGGUAAUUUCUAGAUCAAAUGAGGGAACCCCGUGCCCAGCAAGUUACAGUUUUGUGCUCAUCAUGUCUUGUCUUAAAUAAUGAGGUGCCCAUUUGUUUGUACUUAGAAAGCGAAGUUAGGUGGACCCGCUGUGUUAGGCCGGAUCACAGCACACUCCCUCCUCCA